AUGCCUGUCCACCAACCACGCCUGUCCCCCAACCACGCCUGUCCAACAUGCCUGUCCCCCAACCACACCUGUCCCCAAACAAGCCUGUUCCCCAACCACACCUGUCCCCGACCACGCCUGUCCAACAUGCCUGUCCCCAACCACACCUGUCCCCAAACAGCCUGUUCCCCAACCACACCUGUCCCCGACCACGCCUGUCCAACAUGCCUGUCCCCCAACCACACCUGUCCCCAAACAAGCCUGUUCCCCAACACACCUGUCCCCGACCACGCCUGUCCAACAUGCCUGUCCCCAACCACCCUGUCCCCAAACACGCCUGUCCCCCAACCACGCCUGUCCAACAUGCCUGUCCCCCAACCACACCUGUCCCCAAACACGCCUGUCCCCCAACCACGCCUGUCCAACAUGCCUGUCCCCCAACCACGCCUGUCCAACAUGCCUGUCCCCCAACCACGCCUGUCCCCCAACCACGCCUGUCCAACAUGCCUGUCCCCCAACCACGCUGUCCCCGACCACGCCUGUCCCCCAACCACGCUGUCCAACAUGCCUGUCCCCCAACCACGCCUGUCCCCGACCACGCCUGUCCCCAACCACGCCUGUCCAACAUGCCUGUCCCCCAACCACGCCUGUCCCCCGACCACGCCUGUCCAACAUGCCUGUCCCCCAACCACACCUGUCCCCAACCACGCCUGUCCCCCACCACGCCUGUCCCCGACCAAGCCUGUCCCCCACCACCGCCUGUCCCCAAACACGCCUGUCCAACACGCCUGUCCCCCAACACCCCUGUCCAACACGCCUGUCCCCCACCACAUUAACGGCCACCCAGCUGGUUCU